ACCUCAAAUUGCAUUCAAAUCGGUUUCAAAAUAAUGUAAGAGUUCGUGGGGGAUCUGGUGUGGAUUUUAUCGUGGAUGUCGAGCAAAUUUAGAUGGAUUCGCCAGCCUCUGGACCAAGGGUGCGUAGAAGACCUUCGAUACAUCGAUCGUGGAACGAGAUUAAUUUAACAGACGACCAGAAGCAUACAAAGAUGUCAGACAAACAAGAGCACAAAUCAGGCCCAAACACUCCGGUGUUGCGUUUAAGACGUGUGUCCAAAGUUGAAAACGAAGAUUCUGCGAAUGAGAGUGAUCAUGAAAAUAGUGUGGAUAACAAGGGUGGUGAUCUGAGUAUGGAGGCAGAGUUGGAGGCUGACGAAGAGCACCUGGAAGCUUCAAAUGCAAGUCUACCGUCGUUCAACACCAGCGACAUAUAUGAUGCCGGUAACAUGGAUGAUGACUUUCAAGCUAUUCACGAUCAAGAAAAGUCUAACGCUGAUUCAGACGUGAUUACGUUGGCCAUAAUACUAUUCUCUCUGUUUUCCGUACUAUUGGCAUGUUGGACCUACGAUGCGAAGGAAUCUUUUGAUUUGCAAUCGAUCAAAGAGAGCUUCCCCACUCAGGAUGACGAUCUGUGGGUAGCUUUCGAGUCAGGAGUAGAAGAUGUGGUUCUAAGAGGGCGACCAUCCACUUUUAUUUUGUUGUACGAAGAUGAAGCAAGAGAAGUCAUGCAGGAACUUGUGUAUAAGCUGUCAAAAUUCGCCGCUUGCAAUAUAACGGACUGCGAGAAGGAACCCAUAGAAAUCACUGACGCAGAGUUAAAUUCGGCUAGGGUGCUUCGUGAUUACGGAACGGUCAUCGAGAAAUACAGGCACAAAUUGCAGGAGAAAGGCGUCAUGGUUAUCAAAAAUCUGGAAAAUGUCCGCGGAACUUCAGCUCAAGCUUUUCAUUCGUUUUGCGAUGAGUUUACACCUCUGGUUCAAAAAUCGCUCUUCAUUUUUACCAUGAAAGUCGAUCAGCUACCCAGAACGCCAAACAAGAUGAAGUUUAUCGAAGAGUAUUUCAAGCGUAAGUGGACCGAUAUCAGAAACGAUACUUUUAAUGCUUUGAUUACUAGAAUUACUAGCAUGGUCCUUGAAAUCAAAACUUAAUUUCUCAAAGUAGUACCUAAUGAGUGUAAUGAACAAACAUAUAUGUGAAUUAUUUUUGUGAUGUUUAUUUUAUUUUAAAUAAAUCAACGAGUGUUAGGAA